UUUAAGUUUCAUGGCUUCCCUUCCUUUUCUUACUCAAUUUUUACCUUUCUUCCUCACUUUCCAUACCUUUAUAUUCGGCUUUUUUUUUUUUGUUAUCUCUUAUCAGUUUACUUCGCAUUUGUAAGUGCUCAUGACACUUUUUUUUUCUUUACAAGGUUCCUUGAACAUGGAGAAAUAGAGCUGUUCGGUCAAUAUCCAUUUGCAUAUAUAGAGGUCGCACAACGGUCUUCGUCUUAAGAGUUGAGCUUGGAUUUGGGAUUCUAUUCCUUUGCUUGUUUAUCCAAAACCCAAAUUGUGAAAAUAUAAAGAUUUUACAUUAGUAAACAAGAGAAAGCAAUAGGGUUUUAGCUUCUCAAGCAAUGGAAAACAUAUCUGGACUUGUUACGGAAGAUGAUCAGAUGGAUUUGCCCCCUGGAUUCCGCUUCCACCCGACUGAUGAAGAGCUUAUUUCUCAAUACCUGUACAAAAAGGUUCUUGACAUCAACUUCUCUUCUAAAGCUAUUGGAGAUGUGGAUUUGAACAAAUCUGAACCCUGGGAAUUGCCAUGGAAAGCGAAAAUGGGAGAGAAAGAAUGGUACUUUUUCUGUGUGAGGGAUAGAAAGUAUCCAACUGGUCUCAGGACAAACAGGGCAACUGAAGCUGGUUACUGGAAAGCCACUGGGAAAGAUAAGGAGAUCUACAGAGGAAAAUCCCUGGUUGGAAUGAAAAAGACCCUUGUUUUCUACAAGGGUAGAGCCCCUAAAGGGGAGAAGACUAACUGGGUCAUUCAUGAAUACAGAUUGGAGGGUAAAUUCUCUGUCCACAACCUCCCCAAAACAGCCAAGAAUGAAUGGGUGAUUUGCAGGGUGUUUCAAAAGAGUUCUGGUGGGAAGAAGACCCAUAUUUCAGGCCUAGUGAGAUUAGGCUCUUUUGGCAGUGAAUUGGGUCCUUCUGGUCUACCACCAUUGAUGGAUUCUUCACCUUAUAGUAGCAAGACAAAACCUUUGGCUGAAUCUGCCUACGUGCCCUGCUUCUCCAAUUCCACUGAUGUUCAAAGAAAUCAACAAGAAUCCAUUGAUGGUUUCAACAACAAUCCUUUUGCAGUUUCUUCUAGCCCUGCGGAUAUUUAUCCACGAAUUCCACUUCCGAAUUCAUUCUACCCUGCUCAAACAGUCCCAUUCCCAGCAAAUAUGCAGUACCCAGGUUCUGUUUUAAUGCAAGACCAGUCAAUAUUAAGGGCUCUGAGCCAAGGAUCAAACUUGAAGCAGAGUUUCAAAACAGAAAGGGCGAUGGUCAAUGCCUCACAAGACACAGGCCUAACUACUGAUAUGAACACUGAAAUCUCAUCUGUCAUUUCGAAUCUUGAAAUGGGAAAGAGGGGAUUUGAAGAUCAAGAGGCGCCCUCUACCUCAGCUGGGCCAGUCGACCUCGAUUGUCUUUGGAAUUUUUGUAACUGAGUGGGCAAAGCAUUGGAAAUUGACCAUCAGGUCGAAGAAAAAGAAGAGUAGUUUGAAUUACUAGUAUUAUGAUUUUGAAAAGAGGUUGUUGUUCUGUGAAUAUAUUUGUUGUAUCUAAUUAAUGUAGAAGUUGAAAGAAACUGAAGCAAAAUCAUGAUAUAAUAUGUAGUAUUUGCAAGAAAUUACCAUAUGAACUCCUUUUUAACUGUUUUAAUUUGAAUCUAUAUUUGCAUUUAA